AUGGCUGAGAAAGGUCUCUCAAGUGAUGAAUCGGACGAAGGGGAAGAUAAGAUAACUGUAGUGAGAGAAACAACUACAAGACCAGACAUAGUUCCUCCUAAAGAUGAACUUGAAUACCAGUUACAGGCUGAACUCAGAGAAAAAGAAAAAAUUGCAGCAGGACAUUAUUACUCUGAUCCCAAUGAUGGUACAUGUUAUGAAUGGGAUGAGAGUCAGAGGGCCUGGUUUCCACGUAUCACAGAAGACUUUUUGGCAGCAUAUCAAAUGAGUUAUGGUGUGACCCAAGACAACCAGUCCUCAAGUCCUGACAAGGACACCAAAUCUGUGGAGUCAACUGAUGUCAAGGAAUCUUUACCUAUUUCUGAACAGAAAGAGGACACUGUUCAAGUUGAUCAAAAUGAAGAAAGUGACUGUUCAAAAACUGUCGAAGAAAAAUCUGUGCCAAAGAAACAGAAAAAGGAACCUGAAUGGUUUCAAAUGGAUGCAGAUAAGAACACAUGGAUUUAUGUGUCUGGACUUCCUCUGUCGAUGAACUCUGAUGAAUUUCUUGCAUUAGUUGGGAAGUAUGGUUUAGUUAUGGAGGACCCAGACACCGAGAAGAAAAGAUUCAAAAUGUAUACCGACGACGAAGGAAACUUUAAAGGUGAUGCAAAGUGCUGUUACUAUAGAAAAGAGUCAAUACCACUGGCAAUUCAAAUGUUAAACGGAACUAAGCUUCCGGGAUCAACUCAUAAAGUGAAAGUUGAACAGGCGAAUUUCGUUUUGAAAGGUGAAUUCAACCCUAAAUUAAAACCAAAGAAGAAAAACAAUAAGAAUAAGAAAAAGCGUAAGAAACAAGAUAAUAUGUUAGAUUGGAGGGAUAGGGCUGGUGGUAAUGAUCUACGACCAAAACACGCCAAAAUUGUCAUCAUGAAACACUGUUUCGAUCCUAAAGAGUUUCUCGAAGAUGCUUGUAUGAUCACUGAAAUUCGAGAUGACAUAAAACAAGAAUGUGAGAAGCUUGGACCAGUGAAAAAGGUUUUUCUGUUUGAUCGACAUCCUGAUGGUGUAGUCUCAGUUAAAUUUGAUACUCACGAAGCUGCUGAGGAUGCAGUCAAAGGUUUUGACAAAAGGUGGUUUGGUGGCCAGCAAAUACAAGCUCACCAGUGGGAUGGUGUGACCGAUUAUGCGAUAGAAGAAACGGCUAAAGACCGUGAAGUUAGGUUAGCCAGCUGGCACAAGUUCAUUGGAGAUGGGGAAGUGGAUGAGACUGCCCCUGCUACUCCCUCAGACAAACCUUCAGAACAAUUAUCAGUAAAUACUGAAGAUCAUAAUAUUACAGCAUAG